GUCGUCAUCACGUCAGACAGUUGCUGGCCUUUCUGGAUCAAGGGGAUGUUUUUUGAUACCAAGACGGUGGUUCUUGCCAUUAUUUUACUUUUAGCUGGAUUUCCGGAUGGAAACGUCACCGUUAGGGUAAACAUUUCGCUUAGUAUUCUCUCAGUUAUGAAAUCAAAAGCUCUUCAGGGUGCACCACGUCUAAUAUCCGAUGCCUGGGAACCAAUUCCACCGUCUGAAAUUCGGACUGAACAGCAUAUGCUCAGCUAUCUUUCAGCAUUUUUGGGCCACUUUGGUCCACAACACACCGUAAUCGACAUUCCUCUAAGGCUUUUUUUGAAGUCGUUGUCCGGAAGCUGGCCCACUACCGGUCCGUUCCUAGCAGAGUGGGCUACUAAAAGAUCACAUCAGUUCAUCGUUAUGUUUGAAGUGCUUUACCUUGUUUCGAGUAUUCGACAUCGUCGUAUUCUAGUAGAAGCCGUGCAGGUGAGUGUAACCUCGACAAAUCUCCACCUCACCAUUUAA